UAGAGAAUACGGAUAGUAGAGUUUGAAGGAAGAAGAUGAUGGGGUUAACAGUGAAAGCCAUGCCACAGCUACGAUUCUCACUCCCAAUCUCAGUCUCAAAUAAGGAGAAUUGCAUUUGCAGGUUUUCCAUAACAGCAAGAAGCUCCACCGACACCAACAUCACUCUCACUCACUCUCACACUGAAAUUCCAACUCCUAAACCCAAACCAAAGUCUCCGCUCAAGAAGAGGAAGAGGUAUCGGAAGCUGUAUCCCGGAGAGACCACCGGCAUCACCGAAGAGAUGAGGUUCGUCGCCAUGAGACUCCACAAUGCCGCCGUUUCACCCGACCAAUCGGAUUCCGACGCGUGGCACGCCUCCAUGGAAGGCUUCGUCGCUUACCUUGUUGACACUCACCUCAUCUUUGCCACUCUCCAGCGCAUCGUCGACGAAUCCGAUAACGUUUCGUAUGCAUACAUGAGGAAAACUGGGUUGGAAAGAUCAGAAGGGCUUUUGAAGGAUCUGAAAUGGUUGGAGGAGCAAGGAAACGUGAUUCCAAAUCCCAGUUCUCCGGGGAUUACAUAUGCCAAAUAUUUAGAGUCACUUGCAGAGACAAGCGCACCUUUGUUUCUAUCCCAUUUCUACAAUAUUUAUUUUUGUCAUAUAGCUGCUGGUCAGGUGAUUGGAAAGAAGGUUUCUGAGAAGCUCUUGGAAGGUAAGGAAUUGGAGUUUUACAAAUGGGAAGGAGAUGUACCUGAAUUGUUGAAAGAUGUCCGUGAUAAGCUCAACCAGCUUUCCGAGCAUUGGUCUCGAGAUGAAAAGAAUAGAUGUUUAAAAGAAACUCCAAAGUCAUUCCGGUUUAUGGGACAGAUUGUCCUUCUUCUUGUCUCAUAAAUGGACAUUUUGUUCUCCUUUUCUUUUCUGAACUUCUCUGCCUUCUUUGAUGCCGCCUGGCCAAGGUGCCAUACACCUGCGAUGGAUUUGCAGUCUUUUUUACAAGGAUUUUUGAAGGGCACAGCAAAAGGCAGAGAGACUCAUUUUUUUCAAUUAGAGAUGUAGCAUUGUAGGAACCACCUUAGGUUCAUGAAUCUUGGUCUUACUGAAUACUAAUACUAAUGCCUUCCCUCAUAUUGUAUCCAUAAUUUCCCACCCCCACUAUUUUCUUUACCUGUUAAUUAAUGCUUUUAUUUUUUUUAACAAUGCUUGAAAACCAUUGUAAUUUAAAUACUAUUGAGUUAUGAAAGUUUCAGUUUAGACAUUCAUUAUGA